GUUGGUUUGUCAUUGUUGAAUAUGACUACUCCUGAAAAGAAUUCUUUCUCGCCGGCUUUUAAAAAAUCAAUUACGCCAGGCAAAUCACCUAAGCGUUUCCUUUACUCACCCAGCUGGAAAAACAGGCGCUUCAAAGUUCGCAACCCGAAAGUCAAAUCGAACCUCGUCGUUUUCCAAUCUCAGACUUCUCAGUUUAUUUCCUCCGAACCCGAAAAAGAAAAUGAUUCGAACUUUUCGAAUAGUCAGCCAGCUGCAGGGUUCACAAAAAUUGCGACAAAGCGUAAAAACCCGUUCAGUUGUCUUUCAUCAAACACGAAAAGACAUUGUGACGAAGCUUAUGGAUUAUCAAACACAGCUGAUGAUUUAAAAACAAGAGAUAAAAAUUUGACCGGACAAGAAGCGCAAUUAGAAGUACCUGAAGAUCCGAGUCUCAGGCCGCCGACAUCGCCGAGUUUAUUUGACGACGAGUCGCCAAAAGCCGAACGGAAGAACCGUGUCUCUUUUAGUAGUGACGUCAGUUCACAGCCUGUAUACUCUUUACCUGUUUCAUGUCAGCAGUUUGUAUACAAAAGGAGCGAUUCUAAACUGGAUCAAAAUGCAGCGAAGACAUACAGAACAGUUGAACGAUUACCGAGACAUCUCACUUUGAGAAGCAAAGUUAAAAUUAUAUCUGCAAGUAGUUUAUAUCACCUGAAAAAGGCGACACAUGUCUUGGAACCAUGUCUGGACGUUAGUUUGGAAUCAGAUCGAGAACUGGCCGACCACUGCGCUUACUGGAUGCACCCGUACAUACCAUGGCUGAAACUUUUUCCCCGCUACACCUCUAAAGCGGCAGUCAAAGAUGCCCAAAACACGUCGUUUUUAACCGAUGCUCUUAAUAAUGACAUCUUCUCAGCAUGGAAUGUUAGCUUCCAAAGUGCCUAUGAUUUGCUACGCAGUGGUAACUUAGAAUUGUUCUUUUUGUGUUCUUCUAAUAUGACAAUGUGUUUCGAAAGCUUUUGUCGUGAGUCGCAGGGUAAUUUGAACUCCAAAAACGUUCCGAUUAAAAUCCACAUUGUACCGACCACGAACGGAUUCCGCGAUACGUUGUUCAAGCAAAAAAUCAAAUUUUCGAAGCCGUAUUUGGAUGAUAUGGUAUCAGGUCAGAAACUCGAGCCUUUACGUGCAUGUUCAUCUGCUACGAAUCUAAAAGAGGCGUCAUUUUCAAGUGAAGGGAAAUUGGAAGAAAAUGAUUGCUUUGAAAGUAAUACGAAUGACCUUGAUUGUUCGCGUGAGGAUCCUGAAGAUUUGCUACAAGACCAAGCUUCGUGUCAGGACUGGCUCAACGUACUGGGCUGUGAAAAAGUUCAAGUCUCAUCUCAGAAAUCGACACAAUCUUUUGAAAACGAGAAUAAAUACGAUUAUACUAAGCAAUCUGCGAUCGUAAUUAGCUCGGAUUCUGUUCACCAGUUUUUCAACUUUUUGCUGAAUUUCAAAUCGUUGAUACCUUCAAGUGGAGCUCUUGCAGGGUUGCCCCCAACUAUUCUAUCCUGUAAGCCAUUUUCAGGAGCCACGCUCCAACAGCUGAACUUGAAAGUUAAAGAUUACAAGGCGAACUUCAAAGAUGUUAAAGAAAGGCGUAAAGAGUAUUCGUUCGAAAUUUACAAUGGACCAAUUUUACCGAGCGUGUUCAACACACUGAUUCACAAAAUCAGAGAUAAAUUAAACUCAAGUGUGAAAUUUGAAUGUCAUUCAACGUUUGCUGAAAACUCCGACGCAUUUGACAAAGAUAGCUUAGUUCCGCCUGUAUUUGAAUGCAUCGAGAAAAACUUUUUGUUGCCAAAUGAAAAGUAACUUGCAACUGAUUUCAGUUUAAAGAAUUUGGAUUAGAUUUGGAAGUUUAAUUUCUUUUUGCAUGGUGGAAUUGUUUUAGGGUAAUAGUAAUUCGUUUUGGUGCUGAUAUUUUGUGGAUAUAAAUUAAUUGUCUCCUUACAAUUUUAUUCUGCUAAGAUUUUGAGCGUGAACGCGAACUGAGUUGGCUCAGCAUUUUUUGAAAUUGAUGAUUUGAACUUGCAGAUGCGAGAACAUG